CGAGGCUUCUUCCGGCAGUGCAUCUUAGGUCCUACUGGUCCCUGCCGUACUCUUCUGUGGAGAACAACACACAGGAUUUCGGGGAAAGCAUGGCCGCCAAGAGCAAAGCAAGAGUGAUCAUCGCCCGGCUCGUUUCGACGGCAGGUACGGGCUACAUCUACACGACCCGGCGGCUCCGCCUUGCGGACCGCCUGUCAAUGAUCAAGUACGACCCCAGAGUCCGAAGACAUGUCUUGUUUCAAGAGACGAAGGGUUCAAAGUAGGCGAGAGGGGCGAUGCAGAGGAAUCUGGGACGCAAGACCGGGGAUGCAAGACCGGGUCUGCCGCGCGCGAUGCCAUGAAGUGAUGGAGACGAGGAGAGGAUGAGGAAAGAAGAGGAGUCGCCUCGAGGAAGAGGGGAGGACUGG